UUCAUAAAUCAUGUAAUUCUAAGCGUAUGAGUUACUUUUAAAUAAUCACGUCCAGUGUCUCUUAAGAUUUAUUUAAUUGCUUUGGUUAACAUAAUUCAAGAACGUAUAUUGAACUUUACAGCACUUAUUCCAGCUUCGCAUUUUUGCUUCUUCUGUACCGUCCACUUCCUCAGUCAAGUGGGAAUUUUGACCCUCUUUGCAAUCCGUCGGUUAUUCGCUGAAGCGAGCGACGCUUGCUGGUGUACCAGUGGCAAAGAUGGAGAGUGACACCACUAUAAGAAGAAUAAAACCCUACGGGACGCAAACCAAUGUUUUGCAAGAGCAAAAGGACUCUCAGGGUCAGUGUGGAAACAACGGCUGCAGUGACCUGAAAAGAAAGCCGGACGUUAACUUGUACCUGCUGCGCGAAGGAGUCGCAGCUUUUCUUGUGGUUGUGUUUAUCUUUGUGCUGUGGGGACUCGUUCAGUUAUCCUUACAGCAGCUUGUCAUAGGCAGGUCUACUGGAGAGUUCAAUGCAGUCCGUGCAAGGAGGCAUCUGGAGCGGAUCACAAGCGUUGGGCCGCGCCCUGUUGGCAGCCAUGAGAACGAGGUCCUGACGGUGGAGUACCUGCUGGAGCAGAUCGAGCAUGUCCGCUCCGAAAGCGCCGCCGGACCUCACCGCCUUACCGUGGACGUGCAGCGGCCAACCGGAUCCUUCAGCAUCGAUUUCCUGGGCGGGUUCACCAGCUACUAUGACCGCGUCAGCAACAUCGCCGUCCGCUUGGAGCCCAAGACCGGAGCGCAGCACUUUAUGCUGGCCAACUGUCACUUUGACUCAGUGGCCAACAGCCCAGGAGCGAGUGAUGAUGCAGUGAGCUGUGCCGUUAUGUUGGAGGUACUCCAUUCGCUGGCCAACCUGACCACGCCCCUUCGCCAUGGCGUCAUCUUCCUCUUCAACGGAGCCGAGGAGAACGUGCUGCAGGCUAGUCAUGGCUUCAUCACCCAGCACCCAUGGGCUCAGCAGGUCAGAGCCUUCAUCAACCUGGAGGCAGCAGGAGUGGGGGGCAAGGAGGUCGUCUUCCAGACAGGCCCAGAGAACCCGUGGCUGGUGCAGGCAUACGUCCAUGCUGCCAAACACCCCUUUGCCUCUGUGGUGGGACAGGAAGUGUUCCAGAGUGGCGUCAUUCCCUCCGACACAGACUUCCGCAUCUACAGGGACUUUGGGAACAUCCCAGGUAUAGACCUAGCCUUCAUUGAGAACGGCUUCAUCUACCACACCAAGUACGACACCGCCGACAGAAUCCUGACUGACUCCAUCCAAAGAGCAGGCGACAACAUCCUGGCCGUCCUGAAGCACCUGGCGAUGUCGGAGGAGCUGGCGGACUCCUCGGCGUAUCGCCACGGUAACAUGGUGUUCUUCGACCUGCUGGGCGUGGUGGUGGUGGCGUACCCGGCCCGCGUGGGAGCCAUCCUCAACUACAUGACGGCCGCCGCCACCUUCGUCUACCUGGGCAGGAAGGCCGCUCGGCCCGCCAGCCUGGGGGGGCGCUAUGUGCGGGAGUUGGCCUACGCCGCUGGUGUGGUGGUCCUGAGCUGGCUGGUCACCCUUCUGGCCGUCCUGAUCGUGGCUCUGCUGGUCUCCCUGUCUGGACGCUCCAUGUUCUGGUACAGCCACUUCUACGCCUCCAUCUGCCUCUACGGCUCGGCCGCCACCGGCAAGAUGGUUCUGAUCCACACGCUGGCUAAGAACCUGUACUAUGGGGGCGUGCGUCGUUUGGAGCUGGGCGAGCUGUACUUUGAUGUGAGCCUGCUGCUGUGGUGCUGUGCCCUGGUCUACCUCUCCCAGCUGGGCCUGUGCUCCGCCUACGUCCCCAUGCUCAUGGUGGCCUUCCCCCUGGCCACCAAGCUGCUGCUGGCCUCAGAGUUCAGACACAGAGGAGCUUCAGUGAGGUACUCUGUGCUCUACAUGUUGGGUCUGGCGCUGCCCUACGUGCACUUCAUGUUCCUAAUCUGGGUGGUGUUUGAGAUCUUCACCCCCAUCCUGGGGCGGAGCGGCUCCGAGAUCCCCCCUGACGUUGUCCUGGCAACACUCGUCACCCUGGCCACCAUCUUCCUCUCGUCCUUCUUUCUCCACUUUGUGUACCUGGUGCGCAGUACCAAGUGGAUCUUGGCGGCCCUGGGUUCUGUCUUCCUUGUGAUGGUCCUGCUGGUGUCGUCUGGACUGCUGUUCCCUUACUCUGCCGACCCGGCCGGCCCCCGACCCAAACGGGUCUUCAUCCAGCACACCACCCGGACGUUCCACAGCCUGGACGGCCAGGUGGAGAGCACCGACUCAGGCUUGUGGGUGAACAGCUUCGACUACACAGGCAUGCAGCACGUCACGCCGCACAUCCCGGAGCUCAACGACAGCAUCCGGACCCAGUGCCGCCAGGACCGGCCCUUCUGCGGCUUCCCCUGGUUCCUGCCCAUCAAGUUCCUGGUCAAGAAGGACUGGUACCUGCCUGCUCCUGAGGUCUCCCCCAAGUCUCCUGUGCAGUUUCAGCUCAUAUCUAAAGAACCUACCAACUGGGGCACAGUCAGGAUGGCCUUCCAGGUCAAAGGCCCCAGCCACAUGUCUCUCUACCUCAUGCCCCAUCGCGGGGCCUCUCUAUCCAGCUGGUCGUUUGGGGACGGGAACCCCCAGUACCACCUGGCUGGGGAGUACUUCAUCUUCUACUCACAUGGCCUCGAUGCCCCUGCAUGGAACUUCUGGUUCGAAAUACAGCCUCCCAGGGAACAGGACCCCGAGGGCCCAGAGGGCAUGGUCACCGUGGCGAUCUCCUCCCACUACUUCUUUGGUGAGGACCAGCGGACACCCCAGCUGGACGCCAUGCUCGUUCGAUUCCCAGCCUGGACCUUCGCCUCCACCUGGUCCAGCACCUAUCACAUGUACCGAUACUGACCACGCAGCCAAUCACACGGACCCACACUGAGGACCGCACCAGUCACACUGGACAGAACUAAUCAGAACUAAUUGGACUGGCCAGCGGGCCCGCCCACACCCUGCUCAGACUAACACACACACACACACACACACACACUGGAGGACACGCACGUGUAGGUGAUUGAGAGACCCCACCCUUCACUGUGUCAAGGCUUUGUUGCUAACAACAAGGAUGCUGCUCUUCCAGCCAGGCCAGAGACAGACUCCUCCCUGCUGGACGGACUCACCUGGCUCAGCCCCAGAGAUUGGCCUUUACCUCUGAGGGGGGAGGGAGAACCUCACUGUCCGUCUCCUUUCCUCUUCCGUGUCAUCUCUUCACUCUCUCCACCCCUUUCAGUCUUUCUUUUCUUCUCAGCAUUCUUCUCUUUUCUACGAAAGGCCUUUGCAUGCCGAACCUCCUCUGUGCACACUCUGCAAGCCAGAAGCCAUAGUCACCAUGAGUACCAUGCUAGAGGGCUGAGGAGGCCUGAGCUGUGGAGCCACACAGGUCCUUAAAGUUCUACAUUGAGAUGAUUGGUUGGUCCCUAAAGUUCUACAUUGAGAUGAUUGGUUGGUCCUUAAAGUUCUACAUUGAGAUGAUUGGUUGGUUCUGUUCUGUGAUUGCCUACAUAGAAAGUUCUAACACUGUUGCAAGUUCACAACAUUCAGCCGCCUCUUUAUGGAAAGACUUGAGAUGAGGCCCAUGUUCUAGAGCUAAUGUUUUUUUGCUGUGGCUCUGAGCUGGGCUGUUGUCACGGAGACAAGUACCGUUGUCCCUACUCUCCUGGGAACAGACACUUUAAAGGAGCAGUCUGCUGUAAAACCUGAAGUCUCACAUUCAGAACACAGUUGAGGCCUUGAAACACACUGUCUGGUCUUUCAUGUCAGAGAGGCUGUUGUUUGGAGAUGAGACCAUGGCUGGUCGUCCGAAUUGCAUUUGAGUUCUGGAAAAAACAGCCUUCCAAACAAGAUGACUGACUGAUUUACUGAUUGGUUUGUUGACGUGUGCUGUCGUUUUAGAUUUUUUACAAAGUUAUGGUAUUACACAAUUGUUCAUUUUACUCUUUACUUCUCUCUCUAUCAUAAUCCUCUCUCUGUCAUAAUCCUCAUUAUCAUAAUCGUCAGUGACAUGUUCAGUGUUACUGUGAAAAUCAGCCUCAGACAUAAACACUAAUGGUGCUUCUCAUGUUUUUUUUCUGGAGAACCUUUUUUACUAUAUCCUCUGGAUUUUAUACAUUUUGUUUUUGCAUCAAAUAUAUUUUGGGGAAAGCAAAACCACAUUUUGGAUUCCCUUCCCAGAACCAGUACCUCCCUCGACUCCCUGCAGGGCUCUGUCUGGGUGUGCCUCUUAACCACAAUACAGGACUGAACUCCACUACAGGCUGUUAGUGCUUAACGAGCUUGGAUUGUCUUCAGUGGGAUUCACAUGGGUCCUGAUUUGAGCCUGUCAUGUGCCAGUUUUCUAAGACAUGAGGACACUGACAGCUGGGAUACGUCAGUGUUGGUCUGGUCCUCGUCACGGCCGCCUCGGCCUCUCGUCAUCUUUAUCAUCUUGUGUCAGCAGAGUGGCUCCCCCUGCUGCUGACAGUGGGUGUUUCUGGGAGGUAGUGUGUUUCUGGGAGGUAAUGUGUUUCUGGGAGGUAGUGUUUUCCUGGUAGGUAGUGUGUUUCUGGGAGGUAGUGUGUUUCUGGUUGUGGUCCUGCUUCUGGUUCUGUGUCUCUGGUCCUGGUUGUGUUUCUAUGGCCAUAUUAUGUGUGUCUCUCUCUCGCUGGUACUGGUUCUUCACCCUCUGAGAUUAGUAAUGUUCAAAACAAAAUCUAUGCAAAAUAAUAUGAAUUUAUGACGGAUCUCUUCCUCAAUGAGUCUGCAGUUUCCCCACGGCUUCAGGACAAAUAUGCAACCAGGCUACCAGGGACAGAUACUGACCAGUGUGUGAGGAUACAACUUAUGGAAUAUAACCUAAAUCCUGGGACCAGCUCACAGUGGUCUGCUCAAAUCUUGCAACACACUCAGAGGGUCAGUUUGACUUGAACUGUGGUGUUUGUAGAGCGGUCAAGGUUUAUUUUAUUAUGAUUUUAAAACCAUCUUUUCUAAAGACAGGCUUUUGAGGGGAUUAACAAGGGUUGAUUUGCCCUUACUCUUCUGGAUGUCCUGCUUCUUACCAGGUCGUCAGUAGCAAAGUCCAAUGUGUACAGCAACACAGCAGUUUGUUUUUUUGUCUAUUUGUUACACCGUUUGGUGAGGAUACAUCCUACGAUAGUCUUUUAAAAUCUGCUUGAUGAUGUGUAUGACUGACAAGAGAUUGAACAGGAGCAUGGAGUGCUUUCCAUGUGACCAGUUUGGCAGCACCGCUGAGAGGGUUCACAUGAUUUUAGAGGUCAUAGCGGUCAGGUCAACAAGAUGAGAGACGGGGACUUUAACCUCAAUGUUAGAUGUUUGUUGUUGUAGUGAAGCAGAACUUAGACAUAUACUAAAAAUCAACAGAGAUUAGCUUUAUUAACAAAAUUAUAAUAAGUAACUAGAUUUAUAUUGUUAUAAUCCAAGUGUGUGGCGCAGUGUUCAUCUGGUGCACACUCUGUUCUUGUUGCUUGGAAGGGAAAAGCGGUGUGGGAAAGUAUAUAACAGGAAUAAUUAACGUUCAUCAAUUCAGAUGAGUUCUGUAUGUGAUCAUCUCAAACUGUUACCUGGUAGUUCAAGUACGUGCUCCAGAAAGAGAGGGACUAGUGUGGGAGUUUGCCAGACGCGAUGGUGAUGGUUGUCUUUUUUAGGAGCCGACUAAUCAUAGGGCACCCUUUCCUGUUUCACCUGUGGUUUCACAUGACUUGUUUACUACUUGGGGUUCAGCACAGCAAAGUUGACACUGUCCAGUUCUAUUCUGUAUGUGGUCAAUAAGAUGUGGCUGUUGGCUGUUCGUAUUAAUUAAUACUUUGAAAUAUUGUAAGUCUUGUCUCGCCUCAUAUAUCAAACAAAGAAAGAUGCUUGAAGAGCAACACGCCUUAAGUACGUAGUUUAAACUGUUUCAUUAAUACAUUUCUCAGCCUCUGCUUCUGAUACAUGGUUGGAACACAGGACAGACAGCUAGACAGUCACUAGAGGAUGGAAUAAGCUUGCUACGUUCUUCUGUUGCAAGGCAACCGUUCUUCUCCCUCUCAACAUAAGCGUCUGUGUCUGUCUGACCUGCCAUUACACCUGCAAACUGGGAAUACGGAUCCUAACUGACUGUAACCAGGGUUCCCACAGCUCCUUGAAAGUUUGUGAAUUUUAGGAGGAUAAAAUCAUUAAGGCAUUGCAAGUUUUGGAAAAUAGACACUGAAAGUGCUUGAAUGUAUAUAUUUUUAAAGAAUAUAAAUUGAUGUCAUCAGGGUUAAAGACCACAGAUGUGAUGUGCUGUGUUGGAGAAGGCAAGAGACCAUGUAGUCUCAUCUCUGUUGCAGCACGAUGGAGAAGUGAUCAAACAUUCAAGCCUUUUCAUCGUCUGUGGUCUUCAGUAAAGAGUGCUAGAUCUCAUUAUAAAGAUUCUCAGCGUUGUAACAGUAAUUAUCCUUGAUAGUUGCCCGUGAAGUUCUUAAAGUCCUUGAUUUUGAUGUUGAAGGUCUGAGAACCCUAUAAGUUGACCUUUUUAUCCAAGUUUAUACAAGGAGAAAAUAUUAACUGCCCGUAUAUUUAGAUUGUUUAAUGGUGAAACCUUUUUUUUUUGGGGGGAAAUAGAUGUAACUCCACUUCAGGAGAUGGGAGAUGUUCUAUGAGAUGCUUGUUGUGACAGUCUUCAUAUGUUUGAUGAGGAUGUUGUGGAUGGAUGUGUAGAAUUUUUAUACGCACUGUGUCAUGAUUGUUGCGUUCAUGUUUUGGUUUGGAACUUUCACCCAUGCCUUUUUGUUAUUAAACCUCCUCUAAUCGCAGCCUUCCCCUGGAAAAAGUGAUCGAGAACAGUUAUAAUGAACUGUAGACAGUCAACUAAUUAUUUAAUUGGAUGGCGGCACGUUUAAUGUUUUGUUGUUCUCUUUUCCGUAAGUUUCCUGUGUACAUUUAUAUCUGUUAUGUCACAUCAAAGAUGGGAUCACAUCAUUGAAACGACGGGUGUGGGAUUGAUGACUUGAUUUAGGAAUAUUGAUUAACAGGGUAUUCUAAUGAAAGGACCUGAUUUACUUAUGCAAAACAAGUUGGAUGAAAAGUGUCUGAGGAGACAGAUACCGUGUACAGCAAUAAAAGGCUUCACACACGA